AACUAUUGGCCAGCAUGGAAUAAAGUGAAGGUCAUUUGGAAAUUGGACCAGAUUUUGGCGAAAUGUGUUGUUAUUACCCGUCCUGAUUUGUAUUCUGUCACGUUGUACUUCAGAAAAAGGAUGGAAUUAUGAAGUACCAUGACAACAGUGAAAGUUAUAACAACGACACCAACACCAACAACGACAAGAGGAGUAGCCAUUCAAGAUUAAUACUUUUUUUUAAACAAAGAACCAAUUUCAAAUGUAUUUAAGACUUUCAUAUUCUUAAUAAUGUUACUAGAACUUGAAAUCCAGUAAUAAAUGAAUACAUUCAUUCAAACAAAUUGAGUCAUGAGCUGUGCCCAGAUUACAAUUCAAGAGUAUAUUUUAACAAAGCCCUACACAUCAAUGAAUAAUUAUUCUACAGAUGAUUCAUCAGACUCACAAGUUAUCCCGGCUCAAAGUGACGAUGGUGGCGGUGUUGAAGGCAAUGCGUCAGAAAACAUGGUAGAAGAACAAGAAUCAUGGAAAAUGUCACCAUUACUACAAAAAGAAGAAAUUGAAUCAGAAACUGAUGUGAACCCGAUAAAUAACGAUUACAAGGUUGACCAAUCUCAAUGUAAACAAUCACCAUCUGAAUACCAGUUGAAUAAACCUGAAGUACUAAUGACAAAGGAAAAUAUACAUCAAACUGAUUCUGACCUUUGCGGUAAAGGAUUUGACGACACGAGUAACAGAGGUCAAUUUGUUUCAAUCUCCCUAGCUGAUUAUCUAGACAAAUUAACUAAACAAUCAGAAAAUCCUGGGAAAAAAUUUCACAAAUUAUUACCCCGAGAAGUUAUCAGUCAUUUUCAAGCGCCAAAAAUGAAUUAUUCAUUGGACAAUAAAUCUCAUCUGUCGACAUCUUCAGUAUCAUCGUUAUCAACACAACAGUUUGAUUUAAACAACAAUAACAAUAACAAAGAUAAUAAUGAUGAUUCGAUCGAUGAACAGUUGGACAAUAAUCAAGAUCAUAACAAUAACAACAGUGAUAAAACAAUGAAUAAAAACAAUCAUUCCAAGGCAUCAUUCUCAAUGGAUUAUUUUAAUUAUUUAAAAAAGAGACGUGUAUUUCUAAUUGACAGACUGCUAAGUCGAUACAGUGAAUUAAUCAAGUUACUGAACGAAGAAUUAGAGUUAACUGGACGUCCACCAACAAAUUAUCUACAGUAUACACAUGCCUAUUAUGAAGUACAAGAAGCCUUUAAACGAAUACACGCAAAUGAAUCAACAAACAGUUCUAACAAUGUUAAUAGUAAUGCUUAUAAAACUGAUGAUUCAAGUCUGCAAAUAACUGAUAAGGAUCAGUUAUCAAAAUGCCUAAAUACAAUUCACGUUCGUGGUAGCCGACUUCAAGAGACUGGAUUCAUGUUGUCACCAAGAGUAAUUCGUAAAGCAAGUAUAAAGCUUUCACCAUCAGUUAACUGUUUGCUUAAAAGCAGUCAUUCAUCCCUAUUUAUAGAUGAUUUAGUCAAUCAAAAUCGUGAACAAGUAGCACGGAAAUGUGACGGUUAUUCAAAUCAAGUCAUGAACAAUUCAAAGACUCUUAAUUACCCUACAAAAGAAUAUUCCAAUGAAACGCUGAAUUCAACACGAUCGGCUAAAAAAUUACAAAAUGAAAACUGCAUUAUGCAAAAAUUCAAUAAAUCUCUUCCACUGACGUUUAAACCACGAUUUAAAAGUAAUUUACUACAGUUCAAUAAUGAAUUAUGCACAUCUGCUUCUAGUCCAUCUCUGUGUGAUUCAGGUGUACUCCUGCGUCAAACAACCAAUCAAUCGACAACGAAACCAACAACACAACCUCAACCCCUACCACCACCAGCAGCGGCGGCAGCUUCAGUAACACAAACAGUUACAUCACUGUCAUCAUCAUCUCCAUUGUCUUCACUUUCUACAGGCUUGCUAAAUUCUAGUCAAUCGAUGAAUCUAGAUAAUCUUACACCUAUAAGCAAUGAAACAGAUAUUCAAAAUUCUAAGCAGGAGGCUUUCGAUAUUUACAGUUGUAAAGAUAUACAAAAAGCUAUUUCAUGGCUUGAAGUUGAAUUGAAUGCAGUUAAAAAUAUAAUGCUGGCUAACAUGAAGUGUGCAAAUGAGAAUAGACGGAACAGAACAUCACGCAAGGCUUACAGAUUAGCUGUUAAGCGUAAUCAAGAAACAAUAAACAGUCUUCAGAGUCAAAUUCGUAGUCUACAAAUUUAUGCUGAAAAACAGGAACCCUUAUGUAGAAACUCAAAAUAUGAAAAUGCAUCAGUGUGUAACUCUGAUGCUUCAAUGCGACAGUCUUCCUUAAGAAUUUCAACAUCAUCUUUAUCGUCUCCUUCUUGUUCAUAUUCUCCAUCAUCUUCACUUAUGAAUAGUUUAGUUAUUGUCAAUGAACAUGUAUCAAGUGGUCAGUCAACGCCUGGAGUUCAAUCAAAGGUUUAUACAGGUGGAAAAGAAACUGCUAAGUUUCAGCAUUCACCACCAACUGCAGCUGUUCCAGUCAAUAUCUCUAAAAAUACCUCAUCAUUAAUACAGAGGAACUGUAUAACUCCUAAUUUUGAUAUGAAGAACAACUGUCAGACGAAUAUUUUGCAUAGCGGUAAAUCAAGAAAUUUACCAAUUACUUCAUCUCAUAGUCAACUAAAUAUUAGCACUAAACUAAAUAAGAAUACAGAAAAAGUACCGAAAUCAUCAUCUACAUAUUUCGAGUCAAGUGAAUGCAAAGAAAUGAAUUUUGCUCGGGAUAAUCCAAAUCCAGUUGAACAAAUGGGUAUCCCGUCGUGUGAAACAACAACAGACAAUCAGGGAACACUAAUGAAGGAUGAUAGAAAUGAUAAUGAUGAUGAUGGCUCGGAAAUAUAUUAUGAACACCUAAGAAACAAGGAGGAUUCAACUUCAUCAGUAUCAUCUCCAGCACCAAAAUCAAUAACCGUUGGAGAAAGAUGUCGAACGCCUAUUUCGAUUGAGCGUGAAACAGGGAAGUAUUUAUGUGAUAUCGCUACACAAACAGAAAAUAAUGGAAUAUAUCAAGAAGAGAUUUUCAAAAAUGAUUCAAGUUUACCUGGAGGUUCAAAUAAUCAUCCAUUAUUAAGAAGACAUCAUCAACAACAACAUGUGUUACCAGAUACAUCAGACAAGACAAAAUAUAUUAAUAAUAAUAAUAAUUAUGAACCAUUUGUAACUAGUCUAUCUAUGAAUGAGAAUAAAUAUCAACAGUUUAAACAAUUAAAUGAGCAGAAAUGUAAUUUAAUGAUGCAUUUGUCAAAAUCCUCAAAGCGUCCUUCAUUAUCAUCUUCAUCAUCAUGGUCAUCAGCUAAUUCUUUGUGUUCGAUUAAUCUGGCUGGUCAUCCUAAUUCGACAGAGAAUAAUGGAUAUAUGCCUAAUAUUCACAAGACUUUACACAGUUCUCUUAGUACACACAACAUUUGGAUCUCACCACAAAGAACUUUAGUUGAAGUUGAUCUACACGAUUCUAAUCAUGGGACCGAUCACAGAAAUCAAUCGAAUGGUAAAAAAGAAGUGCCAAUUAGUCAACACAACUGGAAUAACUAUACCAUCAAUAAAACUAAUUUAUACUAUCCACCUAGUGAAAACAAACGACAACAAUCACCUGUUUUUGUCAGUGGAACAGGUAAACCUUGUCAGUAUUACUCACCUACUCAAUGUUUUUUGAACCAAUCAACUCAAAAAGCAACUGAUUAUCCAACUAUACUUUUCCCAGGAUUAACAAAACAUAAUAUAGGCUCACGUGUAAACUCCAACACCAACACAGUGACAAAAUGUCCUAUUUCUAGAGAAUUUUCAAAUCAAAGACGAUUAAGUAAUCAAUCACCUAGAAGUAUUGAACGAACCCAGUUGAAAACUACUUUGAGUCAUUGUUAUUUUGAUACUGAAAAUACAAAUUCAAGUGAUCAUUUAUGGUAUGAACCACGUGAACCGGAGAUGACAUCUAUGAAGCCUGGAUUUCAAUAAACAAAAAAAAGUGCAAUUCAGGACAUCGUAUACACAUAUAUUUGUAUAUAUAUGUAUGUUGUUUAUCUAUGCUUACAUAUGAUGAGGAAUUAAAGAGUUACCUACAACUGUAUAAAGCCAUAUAAUCAUGUGCAUAAUUAUGUAAUAUUAUCUAUUAUUUAUACAAUUUAACUAAUAUUUUACAGGUAUUUAAUUGACUUGUCGGCUUAUUAUUAUUAUCACUGUAAUAUUUGUAUACAUCUAUGAACAUCUUGUUCUCUAAUUGAACAUUAUUCAAGACUUCUACGCCUUCUUUAUUUCGUCGUGAUUUAUUUCCUUCUCACUGAAUCUUCCAUGUUGAAGAAUACGAGACUUACUGCUGUCAAUAAAUAUCUUUUCGGACGGCAAAAUCUUUGAAAGGCAAAUGUGAUUUCCUCUCGUGUUAUAAACGUCAAUCUUAUUCUAGUUAGCAAAAACAACACAACACAACGGUUUGAUGUCUUCUUAAAAAUCUGUUUCUGUACAAAAUCUUCAUUUAUUUAGUCUUUGUGAUUUCUUUUUUUUUUUAAACUAUCAUGAAAAUGUUCAACAAUACCUGAUUGUUGAUUUCCUUAUUAUCAACUAGAAAAUAAAAUGAAUUUUAUCAUUUUGUACAUGGUACAUUUAUAAUUACUAUUGAUUGACCAUCUUAUCAAGGAAACCUGUGAUUGAUUGAUUUAUUGAUUGAUUGGUGAAGAUUACAUUAUCCAAAUAAAAAUAAGAUAUUGAUAGAAU